AUGUCCGAUUGGCUUCCGCCUGCCGGCUUAAAGAAAACGUCAAUCGAACGUGAGAAAGUCUAUGAAGAAGCCAACGCACGACGCGUCAACAGCACCAUCCUCUUCAUCGCCAUUGCAGCCGUCGCUACUACAACGUCUGCCUUCCAUAACCCAUGUUACAUCUGCAUUGCAGCAUCAAAAUCACCAUCAACCACCAUCACACAACAUCCUGCAGCAUUCACAGUGUUUGCCAGAGCUACAAUCUUCGUUACCACCACCUCGACAUGGUCUUCCACAACGCAUGGAUUCCACGUCUUCAACCAAUUCAUCUACGCAGGGAUCCGCUCAAUUCGCUUCACAGCCCUUUCCACCAGCAUCGACACAGCGCUCUCAGGACGAAGCCACAGCACACGAUGA